CUUCAGCAAUUUGAGAUUUGAUUAAGCUAUUCUGUCUAAAUCCUCGCGAAAAGAGAGAUAGAGAAAGAAUUGAAGCCAAAUUAUACUUCUUUAAUGGCCGACAACAUGGAAGAACAAGCGGAUACGAUUUUAUUGCAGAAGAUUGUGAAGAUAUUCGAAGAAACUAGAGCAUCGCAUGCCACUCACAUCAGGAAGCUCAAAGAUCUAUCGGCCAUUCGAUCAUCUUCACCGAUUCUAUUCACCCCUGCAUUUCUACGAGCCAUAACCCCUCUCCUAGGUUUUCAGCGCAGGACCGCCUCAUCCGAACGUCUCGUUCGAUUUGUCUCCAUUUUCUCGUCUACUCGAGAUGCAAACAAUGCCUCUCUUUGCGAUUCUUUCUUGGAAGCGUUUCUACAUUUUCUCCUCGUUGCGGCUGCGGCUGCAGACAAAACUGUGCGUUUUCGUGGUUGCCAGAUUAUCUCAGAGAUCAUAAUGCGAUUGCCAGAUGAUGCAGAAGUUAGCAAUGAAAUCUGGGAUGAAGUUGUGGAGACCAUGAAUGCUCGUGUUUGUGACAAGUCUCCAAUAGUACGUACAUUUGCAGUGAGAGCUGUUUCUCGAUUUGUAAAUGAUUCUGAGAACAGUGAUAUCCUUGACAUAUUGCUUGAGAACUUACCACCAGAGCAGAAUCCGGUAGUUCGUAAAACAAUAGUAUUAUCCUUGCCCCCUACAAAUGCUACUUCAGCAGCAAUCAUCAGUUGUACCUUAGAUGUAAACGAAUCUGUUCGGAAAGCAGCAUACUGUGUCUUGGCUAGUAAAUUUCCUCUUCAGAGUCUCAGCAUAAAGCUCAGGACCAGUAUUCUCCAGAGAGGGCUUGCUGAUCGAUCUGCAGCAGUAAGAGGAGAAUGUCUAAAAUUACUCAGAGAUGAGUGGCUUGUGAAAUCUUGCAAAGGAGAUCCAAUUGAACUUCUGAAAUAUCUGGAUGUUGAAACCUACGAAACUGUUGGGGACUGUGUAAUGGAUGUACUUCUAAAAGCUAAGUUGAUUAAAGUGCCAGCAGACCAAAGUAUUCGGCAAUUUCUAUCACCUGCUGCUAUUGAAGAAACUGAAGGAUGCUGCAAAUCCCAGCUUAUGGAACCAGAGGUUGCGCUAUAUUGGAGAGCCAUAUGCAAACAUUUUCGUGAGGAAGCACAUCAAAAAGGCUCUGCUGCAGCCACAAAAGUUGGCACAGAAGCAGCAAUAUAUGCAGCAGAAGCUUCUGAUGAUAAUGAUAUCCUGGAGAGGGUUCUUCCUGCAACAGUUUCUGACUACAUAGAAAUUGUUAAAGCUCACCUUGAUGCUGGUCCAAAUCAUCGCUUUGCAUCUCGUCAACUACUAUUGCUUUGUGCAAUGCUCGAUUUUUCCGAUGCAACAAACUGGAAGUUUGCUAGUACAUUUGUGCAGGACUUGCUGCAGCAGCCUCUUGAAUAUUUUACAGACGAAGAUGGUGAAAAGGUUCUUAUAGGUGAUGGGUUCAGUCUUGGUGGGGACAGAAAUUGGGCUGACGCAGUUUCUGCAUUGGCUAAAAAAGUUUAUGCAGCUCCUGGUGAAUUUGAGGAAUUUGUACUCUGUAUUCUUGAGAAGCUUGCACAGCCUUGCAGGGAAAGAACAGCAGAUUUCAUGCAGUGGAUACAUUGCCUGGCGGUUACAGGUUUGCUAUUAGAAAGUUCAAAGUCUUUCCGUUGGAUGCAAGGAAAAGCAAUUGAACCACCUGAGCUGCUGCACUCUUUGUUGCUGCCAGGGGUGAGACAUGCUCAUCUAGAUGUUCAGAGGGUUUCCAUCAGAUCCCUUGGUCUCUACGGCUUGCUACAAAAAAAGCUUAGCGAUGAACUAGUGAAACAGUUACGUCUUUCUUUUGUCAAGGGACCUUCUCCAAUCAGUGCCAUGGCCUGCCAAGCAUUAAUCGAUCUUGCAAUGUGGCAUGGUCCAGAAGAGAUUGACAGAGCUGUGUCACAUGACCUGUCAUCACAAUUCAUUGAUCACAAUAUGGGUUUCUGUCCCAUAGAAUUUGCAGAUUCAAAUGGAAAUCAAGAUGUUGCAUUGCUUGAUCUAUUAUUUUCCGGUUUCAGCAGACCUGAUUGGUGUGAGGGCGAAGAUAUAGAUGAGAAUGAAUCAGUUCUAGCUGUUCUGGGAGAAGGGUUUGCAAAAAUUCUUCUCCUUAGUGAGAGCUACAGAGGCAUGCACACUUCAGCUCAUCCUUUGUUUUUAGCCAAGCUCAUUGGUCUUUAUUUUAGCGACAAAACUAAAGAGUUAUACAGGUUGAGACAGUGCCUUUCUGUCUUCUUUGAGAAUUACCCAUAUGUGUCUGUUUCUCAUAAGAAAUAUUUGUCCAAGGCAUUUAUUCCUGUAAUCCGUUCGAUGUGGCCUGGUAUUGAUGGAAAUGGUGGUCGGUCUCCUACAGUGAUUUCCAAUAUGAGGAAACUAGCUAUUCAAGCAUCACGUUUUAUGCUACAAAUGAUGCAGGUUUCUCUCCUUUCAAGAGAAGGUAAGAUAAUUGAUGGAAACAAUGACAAAGAUUUGCCUAAAACUGAUGAUGGCACAGAAAAUUCUUAUGAUCUUGAGAGUGGGGAGGCGGUUCUUGCACUGCGUAUAGCCUCAGAGGUUGCUAACUUCAGUACGAAGAAGAAGAAUGCUGCUGAGAAAUCAUACUGUGCAGCUCUAUGUAGAAUACUCGUUCAGCUAAGGUUCAAUCCACAAGAAGAAGAAGAAGGGGUAACAAAAAUAAUGCGGUGGCUUUGGAAUCAUGUAGCAUCAGCAGUAUCUACAGAGAAAGAUAUUCUUAAGGAACUGAAACGAAUGGUGGAAAGUCUAGAACCAGCUGAUGAUAAUAAUUUCUCAGCUGAUGAUGCUAAGUCUGUGUUGGAUAAGUUGGGUAUUGAAAUGAAGGUUGAGACAGUUAACAUGGAAAUUCCACCAACUCCAAUUCCUCAACCGAGGAGAACUCGAUAUAGGAGAAAGCCACAAACAGACGACGAGUCCUCAGACGAGGAGGAGUAUGCGAAAGAGCCUGCUUCUGUGGCUCCUAGCAAUGUUGGUGGAAUGAGCAUUCGUUCACAGAGAGCCAGCAAGACGGUUGCUCUAACAAAGUUAACCACAACAGAUGAAGACAACAAUUCAGGAGUCACGUCUGAUGAGGAGGAUUCUGAUGUUUCUGAUGAAUGAACUAACUUAGUGUUUUUGAAUUUAGGAAUUCUAUGUCUUUA